CACGCUUUGUUCUCGUUCAUCAAGAGCUCGCAAGUGGUGAGCAGCGACUCUUUGACGCAGCAAAAGAGAUCAUAUACUGCUACAAAGAGCUUCAACUAGCCCAUCUACACGCUCUGCUGGGAGAUCCGAGCUCAAGAGAGCUCCCCGAGCCUCACCAUAAGCUCCGCACCUGAUCUUCCUAUCGUGUCACCAUGUCUCCCGUGGCAGCGCCUGCUCUCACCCCUAUUCCCCCAUCUCCCAUAGGCGACCUCCUCACGUCUUUGGCCACCGCCCCAUCCAAUGUCGAGGCCAAGUCCAUAGCAGACAGCAUCGCACUGUCACUCAAGAAAGCGCCUAGAACCAUCGGUGCUAUUCAAGAAGCACGCAUCGUCGAUGUCGUCUUGAUCUGGGCUGGAUCUUCCUCGGGAUACGAGCGAGAAUCUGCGGCUGUCCUCGUCGAAAGGAUAUGCAAGUCACUAGGGACAGGUGUGGAGGGGAUAUUCUUACCUCUCGUACCUGCUCUUUUAUCCCUCGCGAUGGACAAGGGACAACCUGUCCGAAGUGCCGUCACAUCCGCCAUGAACGCUUUGAUCAAAGCGACCCCCGUCGAGGGGUCCAGAGUGGCUUUUGACGCUCUGUGCAGGACCUUGGAAGAUGCCAAAGGGUGGAAGACAAAAGUUGCGAGCUUGAAAGCGAUGGAGAAUCUGGUAAAACCCGGUGCUGAGGAAUGGGUCGCAGCGGAAUUAGGUCGGGUCAUCCCCGCCGUCGAGCAUGCCAUGCACGACACCAAGGCAGAGGUCUCCAGUGCAGCCAUCAAAGCAGCUACCACGCUCUGCGGAACUUUGCCAAAUCCCGAUGUCUUACAACACAUCUCCCUCCUCGUCUCCGCCAUGGCGUCUCCCGCAGCUGUCCCAGGGACCAUCAAGGGCCUGUCAUCCACCACUUUCGUGGCUGAAGUCACUGGACCAACUCUCGCGGUGCUCGUGCCUCUCUUGACUCGAGCUUUAAAGGAACGGUCUACCGAUACUCAACGAAUGACCUGUAUCGUCAUCGGCAACCUCGUCAAAUUGGUCAGGGAUCCGACUGUCGCCGCAAGAUACCUCUCGCCAUUAGUCCAUGGUGUGGAUCUCAUCGCAAAAGGUGCAGCGUUUCCAGAGAUCCGUGCAUUCGCUCAAACCGCCCUGGACAUUCUUACCAACGCCGGAGCCUCCGCAUCUGCCACACCUGCCCCACCACGCGAUGUCGUCUUAUCAGUCACGGAAGCUUUGACGGUCAUGGUUCCUUAUUUGGACACCCCAGACCUUCCUCCUCACCCUUCGCUCCCUCUUGCUGCGUCUAUGCCUGACUCACCGAUCAUCGCUCAGGUGAUCGAGCACCAGGCCAACAUCGUCGCGGAUCUCGUGGAUCAGCGAAAAUGGGAUGCAGAGAUUUGGGAGGGCAAGGGUCUCGGAUCGUUCAUGAAGCUUUUGCUUGGGUCGGAGCAGGGUGCAACGGGAACAGCCGCCAUUCGAAAGGCGUUCCUGGACAUUGACAGACAAAAGUAUUCGACAGGCGUGGAGGACGAUGGAGAGGGUGGAGAAUUGCUGUGCGAUAUUCAAUUCUCUUUGGCUUAUGGUGGUCUGUUGCUGCUCAAUCACACCCAGCUCAAGCUCCGGAGGGGACAACGAUACGGUAUCUGCGCCGCGAACGGAGCGGGCAAAUCGACCUUGAUGAAAGCUAUUCGGGAUGGCAAGGUCGAAGGCUUUCCAAGCCAAGACGAGCUCAAGUGUAUCAUGGUGGAACACGCGUUGCAGGGCGAAGACACGUCUAUGACCAUUCUCGACUUCAUCGCUUCGGACCCCAAACUCGCAAAAACGCCCAGAGCUGAUAUCGCCGCCAUGUUGUUCUCUGUUGGGUUCUCGGAAGAAAAACAACAAGACCCCGUCGCCUCGCUCUCUGGGGGAUGGAAAAUGAAGCUCGAACUGGCGCGAGCAAUGCUUUUCGGAGCAGACAUUCUGCUAUUAGACGAACCGACGAAUCACUUGGAUGUUGAGACGGUCGCUUGGCUCGAACAAUACAUCUGCAACUUGUCCCACGUUACGUGCCUGAUCGUCUCCCACGACUCUGGUUUCUUGGACAAUGUGUGUACCCAGAUCAUCCACUACGAGUCGAAAAAGUUGGCCUACUACCCUGGAAACUUGUCCAAAUUUGUCGAAAAGGUCCCUUCGGCCAAAUCGUACUAUACCCUCGCCGCGACAUCGAUCAAAUUCACCUUUCCCCCUCCUGGAUCACUGAUGGGAGUUCGAUCCAACACGCGGGCGAUCAUGAAACUGUCCAAUUGUACGUUCACCUACCCAGGCAUGUCAAAACCAUCACUCGUGGACGUGUCUUGUGCGCUGUCGCUGUCUUCUCGAGUCGGCAUUGUCGGUCCUAAUGGAGCUGGAAAAUCGACCCUGAUCAAGUUGUUGACGGGAGAGACGAUUCCUGAUUCUGGACAAGUCUUUAAGCACCCCGCGUUGCGUGUAGGAUACGUCGCUCAGCACGCAUUCCACCAUAUCAACCAGCAUCUUGACAAAACUGCCGUACAAUACAUUCAAUGGCGAUACGAAGGCGGAUGGGACAAGGAGAUGAACGAGAAAGCGACUCGCGUCUUGACGGAUGAGGAUCGAGAGAUGAUGGAGAGGCCGAUCGAAGGUCGGAAUGGAGAGCUUCGGAAGAUUGAAUUCAUUCUUGGUCGGCAAAAGCUCAAGAAGAGUUUCCAGUACGAGAUCAAAUUUAAAGGUUACGAUCACAAGUAUAACGCUUGGAUACCUCGAGAUGUCUUGCUGGAGAAGGGCUUCACCAAGCUUGUCGGCCAAUUUGAUGAUCUGGAGUCGUCGAGAGAAGGAGCUGGAAUGCGAGAUACCAGUGGAAAAGCCGUUCGAGAGGUUCUUGAAGCUGUUGGUCUGGAUGGAGAUAUCGCCCAGUAUAACGAGAUGAGUGGUUUGUCAGGUGGACAGAAAGUCAAAGUUGUUAUCGCCGCCUCCAUGUUCAACAGACCUCAAUGUCUGUUCCUUGACGAACCGACCAAUUUCUUGGAUCGAGAGGCCCUCGGAGGAUUAGCAGGGGCUAUCAAAGAAUGGACUGGAGCCGUGUGUAUUAUCUCUCAUUCUCAAGAGUUUGUCUCGGCUCUAUGUCCCGAGAUAUGGCACGUCGAUGGCGGACGAAUGACACACAAGGGCAAGGUCGGCCAAGUCGAUGAUGGCUUCGGGGACGAUCCUUCUCGACCGGCUUCGAGAACAACUUCAAAAGCUGGUACGCCGAGGACGGGGACGCCGCUCCCUGUUACACCGGGACUCACCAGUGGGAUGACGAGUGCUACGGGAUCAGCUGUGAACUCGGAAGCAGAAGAUGGCGUGGCGGAUGGUUUGGCCAGAUUGGCACUCAAGCCUAAAAAGAAGAAGAAGAAGACGAGAAAUGAGAUCAAGGCUUCAGAGGAGAGAAAGAGGAUAAGAAAGGCGAACUGGCUCAGCUACGGAGGAGAGCGAGAGCCAGACACGGAAGAGUCUGAUUAAGUCUGAACGUGUUCAGGCCAUGUUCCUCUACCUUAUGCUCAUUCGGAAGUUGGCUCUCUCAUCCAUGUUGUAUCUUUUGAGAUUAUUCACGACCAUAUAGACCUUUUAGAGCUUGAGGAUGUAUCUGAGUGCGGUGUG